AUGAAAUCUAUAAAAAUUGAUACAUUAGAUAAUUCUAAGCCUUUAUUAUUAUCAAAUACAUUUAAAAAUGUCAAAGAAGUUGUUGAUAUUAAUCCCAUCCAACAAGUUCCCAGUAAUAAAAUAGAUCCAAUGUUUAAGAAAAAUAUUAUUGCCGAUGAAAACAAUAAGAAAAAUGAAUAUUUUGUUAAAGAUGAAAAAUGUAAUGAUAUGUUAAAUGUAAAAAUUAUAAAAAAUGAGGAAAAAAGAAAUAGUUUAGUUGAUAAUAAAAAAGAUAUACAUACAAAUUCAUUAUCUGAUAUAAAAUCUUUAGAUAGCAAUAUUAAUAAUAAUUUAUCCUUAGUUUCAAAAAUAAAUUCAAAUAAUAGUUUAUCUAAUAGUUUAACUAAUUCAAAUAAUUCUCCAUCAAAUUGUAAUGGUAUGAUUGAAUGUAGUGAUGAAGGAAUUUCAAAUGAUGAAUCUAAUAACCCUUCUAAAGUUGAUAUUUUUACAUCACUUACUAAUAAGAGACAGAUAAGACGUCCUAUGAAUGCUUUUAUGAUAUUUUCUAAAAUACAUCGACCUUUGGUACAUGAAAAAUAUCCAAAUCGUGAUAAUAGAACUGUUUCUAAAAUUUUAGGUGAAUGGUGGUAUUCAUUAGAAGUUGAAGAAAAACAAAAAUAUCAAUUAAUGGCAUCACAAGCUAAAGAGGCACAUUUUAAAGCUUAUCCAAAUUGGAAAUGGUGUAAUAAGGAAAGAAAAAAAUCUCCAUUAUGUAAAAAUGAUAAUUCUAUUGAUAAAAUUUCACUAGAACAAUUAAAAUCAACAUCUGUCUUUUUCAAUCAAAAUAUAUCAAUUCCAUCAACAUCAUCUAUUUCAAAUAAACCAGUUUCAUCGCAAACAUCACAUACCAUAAAUGAUAAAACAGAAGCAUUACAACAUUUAGAGACAUUAACUCAAUACUCUAACGGGAUUUUUAAUUUUUCAGCUACUGGAAUAGCAAAUGAUAAUAUAUUUUCAGCACCAGCUAAUGUAACACGUACACCAUUCCUAUUUUCUCCUAGUUCAUUUAACAUCCAACAUAACUUAUCAUUAGCCGCUCAAAGUUCAAUGUUCUUUAAUGAUAGUCCAAUAUCGCAACCUCUUGCUACUAAUACAUCAGCUUUAAAUUUCUCUGUUCCAAAUAUAUUUCAUAUAUCUAAUGCUACAGGUAAUCCCAUUACAUUAAUGCCAACACCUGCGCAACGUGGUUUAAAAAAAAAUAUUAUAACAAGAAAUGAUACAACAACUAGUAAUAUGCUUCAAACAUUAUCAGGGAUUAAUAUUAAUAAUACAUUUCAACCAAUAACUUCUCCAGUUUCCUUUCAAGCACCAUCUAAUAGAAUCUUUAAUACCUCUUCAUCAAAUAAUGUUACCUCAUAUGAUGGAACUUCAUUAUUUUUAAGUACACCUCAACAACAAAAUACUACAUUUUUAACUAUGGGAAAUGACUCACAGAUAAAUUUGUUAAAUACACUUUUCUCAUCUUCCCAAAAACAAUUUUUAAAAGGAGAUAAUUGUACAAUUACUUCAGCAUUACAGAAUAAUCUUCAAUUGUCAAAAAAUGAAAAUAUAUUAGAAGGAUUAUUACCAUUAACACCAACAGGAGUUUCUUCUGCACCUGUAACACCAUUUGAGGGAAGAACAUCAUCAACAAAUGAUAAACCUUUUAAUAGAAAAAUUUUAGAUAUUAGACGACAACUUGUUUAUCAAUUACUUGAAAAACAAGGAAUGUUUCCUGCCUCUGAUUAUGUUUCAUUAUUCCAACAAAAAUUUAAAAAAUAUUUUCCAACAAAACAAAUGUUAAUAUUAAAAAUUCGUGAGAUGAGGCAAAAGAUAAUGUCAACAAGUGGACCAUUAGUUAAAUCUACUGAUCUUAAAAAUCUUCAAACACGAAAAAUUUCAUCUAUAAACUUUGAGUCAUUACAAAAAAAUGAUCAUUAA